AUGUCUGAUCCGAAAUCUGGGUAUGAGAUGAGUGACACGAAGGCAGAAGCUCAUGUCUUUUCGUCACAAGAAAAUGAAGUCGAAUAUCUUGACAGUCAACUGAAUGGUGAUUCUUCAAGUAACAAUUCAAUCAAAGAACCUACGUCCACAGGUGCAAAGGGUCAUUUUAAAAGUUUUGUUGACUCUUUUAGAAGAGGUGAUCAUGCCAAAAAUGCAUUACACGAUUUGGAAAAUGAUAUUACAACUUCAAUUUCACAUGCAUCUUUAGUUCAUGCAGUCUCUAAAGCAAGAGAAGAUGACGAAAUAAUGCAAAGUGUAGCAUCCGCAGAACACCGUAAAGUUAACAACACGGAGUCAGAUGAUCUACAAAAAACAAUUAAACCAAGACAUGUUAUUAUGAUUUCGUUAGGUACUGGUAUCGGUACUGGUUUAUUAGUUGGUAACUCGUCGGUCUUAAGUGCAGCCGGUCCAGCUCCUUUGGUUAUUGGGUAUUCCAUUAUGGGUUCCUGUCUUUACUGUAUCAUCCAAGCUGCUGGUGAAAUGGCUGUUGUCUAUAGUGAUUUAAAUGGUGGUUUCAAUAAUUAUCCUUCGUUUUUACUGGACCCUGCUUUAGGGUUUUCUGUCGCUUGGGUUUACUGUCUUCAAUGGUUAUGUGUCUGUCCUUUAGAACUAGUCACAGCAUCUCUUACAAUCAAAUAUUGGACUACAAAAGUCGAUCCCGAUGUAUUCGUCAUCAUUUUUUAUGUAUUAAUUAUCAGUAUUAAUGUUUUUGGUGCUAGAGGUUAUGCUGAGGCAGAGUUUUUCUUCAACGUUUGUAAAGUUCUAAUGAUGAUUGGUUUCUUUAUCUUAGGUAUUAUCAUCACUGCUGGUGGUGCUGGUAAUGACGGUUAUUUGGGUGCUAAAUAUUGGCACGAACCUGGUGCAUUUAGAGGUGAACAUGCUGUCGACCGGUUCAAAGGUGUUAUGGAUACCUUCGUCGCUGCGGCUUUUGCUUUUGGUGCAACCGAAUUUAUUGCUUUAACUGCCGCUGAACAAUCCAAUCCAAGAAAAGCUAUUCCAUCCGCUGCCAAGAAAGUUUUGUACAGAAUUGUUCUUAUUUUCUUAGUUUCCAUUAUCAUGUUAGGUUUCUUAGUUCCAUACGAUUCUGAUCAAUUGUUAGGUUCAUCAGGUUCAGGUGUUAAGGCCUCACCAUAUGUUUUAGCCGUCUCAUUACACGGUGUACGUGUCGUGCCACAUUUCAUUAAUGCGGUUAUUUUACUUUCCGUACUAUCCGUGGGUAAUUCUGCAUUCUACUCCAGUUCUCGUCUAUUGUUAUCUUUAUCUCAACAAGGUUAUGCACCAAAAUGGUUCGAUUACGUGGACAGACAAGGUAGACCAGCAAGAGCAAUGCUGAUGUCGGCAUUGUUUGGUGUCAUUGCUUUCUGUGCAACCUCUCCAAAGGAAACUGAUGUAUUCAAUUGGUUGUUGGCUAUUUCCGGUUUAUCUCAAUUAUUUACUUGGUUCGCUAUUUGUAUGUCCCAUGUAAGAUUCAGAUAUGCCAUGAAAGUCCAAGGUAGAUCAAUCGGUGAAGUCGGUUUCCAUUCCCAGACCGGUGUCUAUGGUUCAUUGUACGCUGCUACUAUGAUGAUUUUAGCUUUAAUGGCUCAAUUCUGGGUUGCUAUUGCUCCAUUAAAUGAAGGCAAAUUAGAUGCUCAAAACUUUUUCCAAAGUUAUUUAGCCAUGCCAAUUUUAAUUGCACUAUACUUUGGUUAUAAACUUUAUUAUAGAGACUGGAAGUUGUAUAUCAAAGCUGAUAAGAUUGACCUGAUAUCUCACAGACAAAUUUUUGAUGAAAACAUUUUAAAGCAAGAAGAUGAAGAAUACAAAGAAAAAUUGAGAAACGGUCCAGCAUGGCGUAGAAUUGCAGAUUUCUGGUGUUAA